GUCAGUCGAGUAAUUGCACCAUUCCCUUAAUCAUGGAUAGCAACACAACAAACGUUGGCUCUCGAGCAUCGGAACCCAUCUCCAGCAACAAAAACUUCAACAUCAACGAUUACGCUACAAGAAAAUCAUUUGUACAAGGAUUGUUGGAUCUAGCGCUACUUACAGCGAAUGCUGUUCAGCUCAAAUUCAUCCUAACAGUUGAAUUAGAUCAUCCAUUUUACACCUUGCUGCUCAUUCUAAUUCUCACAUCUAUUGCCUUGCAGAUUUUACAAGCAAUCAUCAUCGUAGUUUUAGUUAUGCUGUUUAAUAUCAACAAAAUCGAAGAACAACGGAAAUCUGACAUUAUCAACAAUGUAUUAAUAUGCAUAACGGUGGUAACAGUUGUUGUAAACAUUGUCAUUAGUGCCUUUGACAUGAAAAAUCAGAGUAUUCUCAAGCGAUAAAAACAUAAUAUGCGAUUGGCGUGACAUCAUAGUAAUUUGUAACAAAUGUCAACAUAACGAAACUCUUUUAUCUCAUCAACAAUCAACAAUUUGAACAUAAAUAAUGUCAAACGAACAA